AUGUCCCAGUCAGAUGUGGCUCCACUGGAGGUUGGGGGCUCCGAAACCUCUGGGGUUCAGUUAAAGUGGGCUGCGCUGCUUAUUAUUAUGGUCAUAAUUCCUACUAUUGGCGGAAACAUCUUGGUAAUUCUUGCCGUGUCGCUUGAGAGGAAACUCCAAAAUGCCACCAACUACUUCCUGAUGUCACUUGCGGUGGCUGAUUUACUGGUGGGACUUCUGGUGAUGCCAGUUGCCCUGGUGACUGUUCUUUACAAUUCCGACUGGCCCCUUCCAGACUUCAUCUGCCCUAUUUGGCUCUUCCUGGAUGUGCUGUUUUCGACGGCAUCCAUCAUGCACCUGUGCGCCAUCUCACUGGAUCGCUACAUUGCCAUCAAGAAGCCAAUCCAGCACAGCCAAUUCAAAUCCAGAGCAAAGGCCAUGGUCAAGAUAGCACUGGUGUGGCUUAUAUCCAUUUGUAUAGCAAUCCCUAUUCCAAUCAAGGGUCUCCAUAACUACCAACCCAGAAACAACAUCACCUUCAACAGUAACCACACGUGCCAGCUUAAAACAGACACCUUCCGGGAAUUCAUCAUGUUUGGAUCCAUGGCAGCAUUCUUUGUUCCUUUGAUCAUAAUGAUGGUCAUCUACCUGCUUACCGUCCAAGUGCUGCGCAAAAAGGUUUAUUUACUCAGGUCAAAGGUGAUACAACGCUGCAGCAACCAGACAGUGUCCACAGUAUUCCAAAGGGAACAAAAUCCUGGGACUGCUAAUCAAGUUGACCAAUGUCACAUGAUGUACAGUAGAUUUCCUAGGAUGCAACAAAACUCUGUUGUAGGCACAGCAAACCCUCCUAUCAUUGAGAUGCCCAUCCGCAGAUUGUCCACGAUGGGAAAGAAGUCAAUGCAGACUCUAAGCAAUGAGCAGCGGGCGUCAAAGGUGCUGGGCAUAGUCUUCCUCCUGUUUGUAGUCAUGUGGUGCCCGUUCUUUAUCACUAAUGUCACCUCUGUUCUAUGUACCACGUGUAAUGCCAACAUCAUCUCCCGACUGAUGGAAAUCUUUGUGUGGGUGGGCUAUGUAUCAUCUGGGAUCAACCCGCUGGUUUACACACUCUUCAACAAGACGUUCAGGGAGGCAUUUACACGCUACAUUACCUGUAAUUAUAAGACCUGCGCAAGUCAUCAGACUGACAGAAAUCCAAAGAACUCGAAUGCAGAACGGACUCUAACGAGACUUUCAUUCAAAUCUUCUGUGGCCGAGAACUCCAAACUCUUCAUGAAAAGGAGCAUGAGGAAUGGCAGUGGCGCAGCAAGUUACCAAAAUCACCAUACAUCUGUUCAAUCAUUUAGCGGUGUCGUGUUAGACCAAAUGCACUCGGCUGACAACUAUGAUGCGAAGCAUGAGGAACAUGUAAGCCGCCUAUGA